AUGCGACUUCACAAGGCGAUACCCAUCCCUAAAGGAUUGCUUUCUCCAAGUCCUUGUUCAUACUCGACGAAAACCAAAACCAGAACCAGAACCAGAACCAAAACCAAAACUCCGGUGCAGCAGCAUCGGUUCUACUCCACCCACCCGCCAGCGGCCCGUCUCAACAUCCCCACCGACUUCUCCACAACAUCCAUACUUAACCAUAGCGCCCAAUCGACUCUCCAGAAUCCCGAACUUCCUCCAGAUAUUCGAAAUGGUACUACGAAGCGGAUGAACUUGUUCCAGUCGAUAAAUGACGCUCUCAGUCUUGCUCUGGCAGCAGACGAGUCCGUGAUCCUGUUCGGCGAGGAUGUAGCCUUUGGAGGCGUGUUUCGUUGCUCUAUGGGCCUCGCAGAGAAUUUUGGUACUGAAAGGGUCUUCAACACACCGCUGAGUGAACAGGGGAUUGUGGGCUUUGGAAUUGGUGCUGCUGCUGAGGGAAUGAAGGCAGUCGCCGAGAUACAAUUUGCGGAUUAUGUCUACCCGGCAUUUGAUCAGUUGGUCAACGAGGCAGCGAAGUUCCGCUACAGAGAUGGCAUAGAAGGCCGGCAUUCUGGAGGUUUGACGGUUAGAAUGCCAUGCGGUGGUGUUGGUCAUGGAGCAUUAUACCAUUCCCAAUCACCGGAAAGCUUGUUUACACACAUCCCAGGUCUGCGGGUGAUUAUGCCUAGAUCUCCUGUUCAAGCGAAGGGGUUGCUUCUCUCAGCUAUCGCCAGUAAUGAUCCAUGUGUGUUUAUGGAGCCGAAAGCUUUGUAUCGAGCUGCAGUCGAGCAGGUCCCGACUGGAUCCUACUACCUUCCGCUUUCCAAGGCAGAGAUCCUGAAAGAAGGGUCCGAUUUGACGAUUGUAUCGUAUGGAAACCCGAUAUACACCUGUAGCGCUGCCAUUGAGAAGGCCGAGAAAGACCUUGGUAUUAGCAUUGAGCUGAUAGAUCUGAGAACCGUGUAUCCUUGGGACAAGGAGUGUGUUUUGAAGAGUGUUAGGAAGACUGGUAGGUGUAUGGUCGUUCAUGAGAGUAUGGUGAAUGCUGGUAUUGGAGCUGAGGUUGCUGCGAGUAUACAAGAGGAUAAGGAGACUUUCUUAAGACUAGAGGCUCCUGUUAUGAGAGUAGCGGGAUGGAGUGUGCAUAUGGCUUUGAUGUUCGAACGGUUUAACAUUCCAGAUGUUGCAAGAGUUUACGAUACUAUAAAACGGACUGUCGAGUAUUAA